AUGCCUCCCCUUCCCCUCCUCCGUCUUCCUCGAUUGGUUCAGUGCGAGAUAUUCAAAUUAUUGAGUAUCGGAGAGAAAAUCCAACUCUCCUUCUGCUCCAAGAAAGUGUCUACUCAAAUCAAUAAUGCUCGUUUUUACUCUCAAAAAGUUAUAGUCGUUCUGGACUGCUUAAACGAAAAAAUCAAUGUUCACUCUGAAAAUAAUAAAGAGACAUUUGAAAUCACAACAUUCUGGAAGAAUCAUCGAGGAGGAUUUCUAUCUGUUAUUCGGUAUCUUCUGAAGAUGUUUCAAUGCAAGAUCUCAAUCAGUAAUAACUAUAAUAGUGAUUUAUUUCAACCAACAAUUUCAAUGUUGUUUGAUCUGCAAGUGGAAUUCAAGAAGCUCACUAUUCUCCUUACAGGAUCAAAAGAUCAUAACUUGUUGUGGAACCAGAUAUCCAAAAAACUUGAAUUGGUUGAGGAUCUUAAAAUCUCAUCUGUUCCUGAUCCUGGUUUCAGACCAGUGUUUACUUCGUGGCCACAAACAAUUAAUAUCUGGAGAUCUUAUUGGUUUAAUUUAGAAUAUGUUUUGACGUGCACUUGCUCUAGAAUUACACUCGAGCUGUCUAAUUUAGGAAACCAGGACUUGGAUGAGAUACUCAAGAAUUGGAAGGCUGGAGGAUUACCGAAUCUAAAACAUCUGCGUGUCGGAAGUCAAAGAAUUACAAAUAAUGGAACAGCUAUUUUGGGAAUGGCUCCAUUGGAAUUGCAGGAAAAGGAAAUUCAGACAGAUGAUGGAUCAAAGAAGGCAACUAUUAACACUGGUUUUCAAAUUUUUGAAAUGUUUUUUGAAAUGUUGAUAUACCAGUCGGUUCACGUCGCCUAA